UAAGAUUGGUUAGAGAGAAGCGAUCGUACCGUACGAGGUAACUGCUGGUAGGCAGAGGUAAGCCACUAGCGCCCCGCACAUACAAAUCAUCGUCAUCACCGGAUCGGGCCAAUAACGAACAUGAAUUCAUCAUCGUCAUCAGUCGUAGGAGUAAGAGCAACAGAUUCGGAGGCUGCAGCAGCAGAUGAUGAUCAUCAUGAGAUGAUGACUGCGGAGCAGAAGGAGGCUAAGCUCAACGAGUGGUUCGCCGUCACCGGUUCCCGCAAUGGCAAUUGGCUCUUCUCCGUCUUCCACAACGUCACCGCUCUGGUCGGCGCCGGCGUCCUCGGCCUCCCUUACGCCAUGGCUCAACUCGGCUGGGGACCGGGGAUAACAAUACUGGUGUUGUCGUGGAUCAUAACAUUCUUCACGCUGUGGCAAAUGGUGGAAAUGCACGAGGCGGUUCCGGGGAGGAGGUUCAACCGGUAUCACGAGCUGGGGCAGUACGCGUUCGGCGAGAGGCUGGGCCUGUGGAUCGUGGUCCCCCAGCAGCUGAUGGUCCAGGUCGGGACCAACAUCGUCUACAUGGUCACCGGAGGCAAGUCCCUCCAGAAGUUCUACACCUCCGUCUGGGCGCCGCAGCCCGCCGGCGGCAAGCCCAUUCGCACCACCUACUUCAUCAUGAUCUUCGGCGCCGUCCAGCUCCUCCUGUCCCACAUCCCCAGCUUCAAUGACAUUGCCGGCGUCUCUAUCAUUGCCGCCAUCAUGUCCCUCAGUUACUCAACGAUCGCAUGGGUGGCAUCUGCGAAGAAGGGGGUCCAGCCCGACGUGAGUUACCAGCCGGUAGCAUCCACGGGGACGGGGAGGGCGUUCGGGUUCAUGGCGGCUCUGGGAGACGUGGCAUUCGCGUACGCAGCCCACAGCGUGGUGCUGGAGAUCCAAGCCACCAUCAAGUCCACGCCGGAGAAGCCGUCCAAGGGUCCCAUGUUGAAGGGUUCUACCUUUGCCUACAUCAUCGUCGCCCUCUGCUACUUCCCCGUCUCCAUCGUUGGCUACUACGUCUUCGGUAACUCCGUCCAAGACAACAUCCUCAUGUCCCUCGAGAAGCCCCGAUGGCUCAUCGCCAUCGCCAACAUCUUUGUCUUCAUCCACGUCGUCGGUUCUUAUCAGGUGUUUGCCGUGCCGGUUUUUGAUAUGCUGGAAACAUAUUUGGUGAAGACAAUGAAGUUCAAGCCGAGUCGGCGUCUCCGAUACACCACCCGCUAUAUCUAUGUUGGGGUGACAAUGUUGAUAGGGAUGACGUUCCCAUUCUUCGGCGGGCUCCUCAGUUUCUUCGGCGGCUUUGCUUUUGCUCCCACCACAUACUUUAUUCCAUGUGUCAUGUGGCUCAUUAUUUUCAAGCCAAAGAGAUUCAGCCUGUCUUGGACCGUCAAUUGGUUGUGCAUCAUACUGGGGGUUCUGCUAACAAUAUUGGCACCAAUCGGAGCACUGAGGCUCAUCGUUAUCCAAUCCAAGUCCUACAAGUUGUUUUCCUGAUCCUCUUAUCACCUCUCCCGUGGGUUCCACCUCUAAUUUCUCUCUAUCAGUACUGUUUUCUAGUAGUAGCAUUGUAAAUCAAUCGAAUCGAAUCGAAUAUCGAGAUAUUUAAAUUAGUGUUUGUUUAAAAUUUUCAAAUACGAAUACUUGUCCGGAUACAAAACUAAUUGAAAAUAAGAUUUGUAUUUGUAAAGGAUAGGAUGGGAAGAGUUCCCAACAACCAAAUUAAAGAGUUUCUAUAAAU